UCUGAUAAAGCAGAAAAAGGCCUACAAAACCCAAUUCCCUCUCUCUCUCUCUCUCCCUCUCUCCCAAACAGAGCCUCCUCGUCGUCUUCGUCGUCGUCGGCUCUGCAUCGCUCCCCCGCCCCCUUCCCUUUCCUUCUUUUCUCCCCAUUUAAGAUUUUUCUUCUUUAGUUUAACAUAUCUGAACUGAUACAUAGAUAAACAAGAAAGGAAGAAAAUUUAUUUAUUCCUCUUCUGGAAAAGCAGAGGUAGAAGAAAAGAAGAUGGCGAAUAUUAAUAGCAAUGCGAAUGGAAGUUGGCAGGCGCAGGAGGAAGGUUUCACGGAGAUCUGCGGAUUGCUGGAGCAGCAAAUUUCUCCGACUUCCGAUAAGUCUAAGAUUUGGCAGCAACUCCAGCACUAUUCUCAGUUUCCUGAUUUCAAUAAUUACCUCGCUUUCAUUUUCGCUCGUGCUCAGGGAAAAUCAGUGGAUGUCAGGCAAGCUGCUGGGUUGCUUCUAAAGAAUAACCUCAGGACUACAUUUAAUACCAUGCCGUCAGCAAAUCAGCAGUACAUCAAAACAGAAUUGCUACCUUGUUUAGGGGCUGCUGAUAGGCACAUCAGGUCUACAGCCGGAACAAUCAUUAGUGUACUAGUUCAGAUUGGUGGAGUUGCUGGCUGGCCUGAGUUGCUUCAUGCCCUGGUAAAGUGUUUGGAUAGUAAUGAUCUGAAUCACAUGGAUGGUGCCAUGGAUGCUUUGUCCAAGAUUUGUGAGGAUAUACCCCAAGUACUGGAUUCUGAUAUUGCUGGAUUAUCUGAACGGCCCAUUAAUGUUUUCCUUCCAAGGUUUCUCCAGCUUUUCCAGUCUUCCAGUGCUUCUCUAAGAAAGCUUUCAUUGAACUCUGUAAAUCAAUACAUCAUGCUAAUGCCAACUGUUUUGUAUGUAUCCAUGGAUAAAUACUUGCAAGGUUUGUUUGUUCUUGCUAAUGAUCCUGCUCCGGAGGUUCGGAAGUUGGUUUGUUCUGCAUUUGUUCAGCUGAUUGAUGUUCGUCCAGAUUUUUUGGAGCCACAUUUGAGGAAUGUAAUUGAGUAUAUGUUACAAGUCAACAAGGACCGUGAUGAUGAAGUGGCUCUUGAAGCUUGUGAAUUUUGGUCAGCAUAUUGUGAUGCCCAGUUGCCGCCUGACAACUUGAGGGAUUUCUUGCCUCGGCUUCUUCCUGUUUUGCUAUCGAAUAUGGCCUAUGCUGAUGAUGAUGAAUCGCUAGUGGAUGCUGAGGAAGAUGGAUCUCUUCCAGAUCGAGAGCAGGAUCUGAAGCCUCGUUUUCAUGCAUCACGCUUUCAUGGAUCGGAGGAUGGAGAAGAUGAUGAUGAUGACACUGUGAACAGUUGGAAUUUGCGAAAAUGCAGUGCAGCUGCUCUGGAUAUUCUCUCUAAUGUUUUUGGCGAUGAGAUUCUCCCCACUUUGAUGCCUAUUAUUCAGUCAAAUUUGGGCAAUACAGAUGAUGGAGCAUGGAAAGAAAGGGAAGCUGCGGUUUUGGCUAUUGGUGCCAUAGCUGAGGGUUGCAUUACUGGGCUCUACCCUCAUCUGUCAGAGAUUGUUGCAUUUCUUAUUCCUCUUUUAGAUGACAAGUUCCCUUUGAUACGAAGUAUUUCCUGCUGGACACUUUCCCGUUUCAGCAAAUAUAUUGUGCAUGGUACUAGUCAGCAAGAAGGCCGUGAGAAAUUCAGCAAAGUUCUUAUGGGUCUUUUACGAAGAAUACUGGACGACAACAAGCGGGUGCAGGAAGCUGCUUGUUCAGCCUUUGCCACAUUGGAAGAGGAGGCUGCAGAAGAGUUACCACCACUUUUGGAUAUCAUUUUGCAGCAUUUGAUGUGUGCUUUUGCAAAAUAUCAGAGGCGAAAUCUUAGAAUAGUAUACGACGCAAUUGGAACAUUGGCAGAUGCUGUUGGACGGGAAUUAAAUCAGCCCAAGUAUCUUGAAAUUUUUAUGCCUCCAUUAAUUGCUAAGUGGCAGCAACUUUCAAAUUCAGACAAAGAUAUUUUCCCCCUGCUUGAAUGCUUCACAUCAAUUGCACAGGCACUGGGCUCUGGAUUUUCGCAAUUUGCUCAUCCUGUAUUUCAGAGGUGCAUAAACAUCAUCCAGACUCAACAGUUGGCAAAGGUUGAUCCUGUUGCAGCUGGGGUCCAGUAUGAUAAAGAGUUUAUCGUCUGUUCUUUGGAUCUUCUCUCUGGACUUGCAGAAGGUCUUGGCAGUGGAAUAGAAAGUUUGGUCUCACAAAGUAAUUUGAGGGACUUACUUCUGCAAUGCUGCAUGGAUGAUGCUUCUGAUGUUCGACAGAGUGCUUUUGCAUUGCUUGGUGAUCUAGCACGGGUUUGUCCUAUUCAUUUGCAUUCCCGGCUGUCCGAAUAUCUUGAUAUUGCAGCUAAGCAACUGAGCACCCCUAAUCUGAAGGAAAAUGUGUCAGUAGCCAACAAUGCAUGUUGGGCAAUUGGAGAAUUAGCCAUCAAGGUUCAAAAGGAUAUGGCCUCUAUAGUGAUGACAGUUAUAACAUGCCUACUCCCAAUACUUCAGCAUGUAGAGGGCCUGAACAAAUCACUCAUCGAAAACAGUGCAAUCACCCUUGGUCGUCUAGCUUGGGUCUGUCCGGAGCUUGUUUCACCACAUAUGGGGCAUUUCAUGCAGCAUUGGUGCAUUGCUUUGUCUGUGAUACGAGAUGACGUGGAGAAGGAGGAUGCCUUCCAUGGUUUAUGCGCAAUGGUUAAAACAAAUCCAUCAGGGGCUUUAAGUUCACUUGUUUAUAUUUGCCAAGCCAUUGCAAGUUGGCAUGAAAUUAGGAGUGAGGACUUGCACAACGAAGUGUGCCAGGUUUUGCAGGGAUAUAAACAAAUGCUCAACAAUGGUGCAUGGGAGCAAUGCAUGUCUAAUUUAGAGCCCCACGUGAAGGAGAAGUUAGCAAAGUAUGGAGUAUAAUAAUCUUCCGAAAAAUCUAACAGGGUAUAUCUUGUUUGUUUGGGCUCAUCUCCAUUGCAUGAUGAUGCUUCAGAGUUGUACAUCAACCUGCAGUUGCAAUAUUGUGAGUUCUGAGUAUUAUCUGAUUGUGGAGGAUUGUCAUACAUGCGUUUCUGUCUAAAGACCCGAGUCUGGGUCUUGUUUUCACGCAUACUAUUGAAGCAUGAAGAUAUUUUAUACUCUUCACAGCUUCUGAAGGAUUUUCUUUGUCAAGCAAUUUUCGAUCGGAGGUAAAAGGGAGAAGCAGAGGUUGGAGAGGUAGGUUUGGUGUACAGGGAUGUGCUUUUCAAGGUUUUAGAUUCACUUGAUCAUUGUGAACAGAGCAGGGGAUAAGUUAUUUUUAGAAGUCAAAAACAUUUUAUUUUUCCUUGUUGGAUUGAAGAGUGAUGGUUGACUAAAUGUUCUGGUCAAUAGGGUCAGUGUGCUGAGUUCCACAAGAUUUUGUUAGGAGCGGUAUCAUAUUCAUUUGUCAUACUUGGAAUUGUAGAACUGUAAUAUUUGUUCAUUUUGAAGCUGAAGCUUAUGCUGUUGCUGCUUCCUGGAUUAGGAGAGUGGAAAAAUAAGCAUUGAUGUCUCUCUCUGGAUACCAAAGUUUCGAGUUGGAUGCUUUUGGUGGUCAAAUUGAAUGUAUUCCUCCUGUUAGCAGUC